AUGUUCCUACUUUCGUCGGCAGCUUCUCUUCACGGGCAUGAGUUCAGUCCCGUAGACACCAAUCCCACUCUAAGAAGAAUUCCUUUACCGCGAUCUGCGUUUUCCACCCCUCUUCCACGAAGAAGUACCGUUUCCGAGAAUUCUCUUUCCCAAUUAUCGAUUCGUCCCGUCAGACCUUUAUCAGCACAUGCAUCUAAGGAGCACGAGCCAGUAGUACGUUUUCAGGAGCCUGAACCUGAACCCGAACCCGAUGCCAUGAGUGAAGAUGGCAGGUCCAUCGCCAAUUCCGAGACCAGCGAGGAGGUGACUGUGGAUGAUAAACGGCGACGUAGACGAUAUAUUCGAAGCCGGACUUCUUUCCAUCUGGCACAGCCUGCCCCAACACGGAUUCGAUUACUACACAUUCGCCCAAAAUUGUUGCUCCAACUUCAAUGUUUAUCGACCAAUUCUCGUCCCAAGCCUGCUAUCGAUGUCAUUCCGUCCACCAUCGUGGUCCCACGUCUGAUGAAGAAGUUCCCACGCAUGUUUAGAGGCAAAGCGGAGCUUGGAGCAAACGACGUGAUGGUACUCAGGAGUGAAGACUAUGACAUACCAAGUAAGUAUAAUUCUGAGGACGAGGAUUUAGAUGAGGAGGGGCUGGAAAAUCGGGAUUUGUUGGCUGUUAUCUGCCAACUUCGAAAGGACUGUGGUGGUGCUUGUGGGAAAGCUGAGAUAGUCCUGGGCGACGGUUCCGUGUGGAUUGCCACGCCUUUGCCAAAUAAUUUGUAUGAAUUCGUUACCGUUGAUGAUAGGGGCAACCGAACUACUGCUCGCUGGGUCAGAAGGAGCACCACACGGAAAAGCAUGGAUGUGUCUGAAGGUCUGGGCAAUCACAACAGGGCCAACGCCGACUUCAAGCUUACUUUCAGCAUCAUCAAUCCGAAUUCACGCCGCCAUCCGGUUAUGGCAACCCUCCACCAGAACAGACUUGACAUCCCAGAUCACUAUACCGUGGUGGCUUCGUCGGCUACGAAAAGUCGUCCCACCUCUCCGACCCGGCUUUCUUCUGCGGGAAGUAUAUGUACCGCCACAGAGGAAGAGCUUACCCAAGAACGCACUCUUCACGCCGUGGACGAAAGUUUGAAAAUCCUGAUUCAAGUCACGGGUAUAUGGGUUACCCUACGCGAAGGGUUUUCCCCGUACUUUAAAUACAAUGACACGAUGGCAUCGGUUGCGACAUCUACAGGUUUAAAAACAUCCUCGGGCGCUGGGACCAAACCAAUGUCCCCAACUCUAGACGGAUGCCGAAUUAGUCCUGCGGUAGCUAGCUCAGGCACCCCAGAAUCCAGCCCUGCUAAUUUUGGAUCUAUGAGUGGCAAGUUUCGCCGGUCAUGUGGAAGAGGCAGCCCGGCGAGUGGUAAUUCGUCUCAAACAGUUGAAGGGGUGGUAACACCCAAGAGAACUGUGUCGACCGGCACGGCUUUCAUGCAGCGUGCCGCAGCUAGAAGGAGUUCCGGAAUUAUUCCCAGCGCUAUUAUAGGUGACGGUGGAGGAGGAACAAUUUUUGAUCCACCAAGGCGUGCUGCCACGGAAAGUUCUACAGCCACCGGCAAAUCCCGGUUUUCCAUGCCUCCAGGCGCCACAACUCCUCCAGACUCGUCCACUGCCACGCCAAAUACACCGACGAGGCCCCAGCGACGAGUCCAGUCGACAUACAUUCCUACGAGCGCGCUACAACACAGCAUUUCCAGCGAGAGUAGUGGUAAGCAUAGUCUAGACUUGAUGAACGGGACGCGGCCGCCAGAUAUUGCCCCGAAAGCCAAAGCCGGUAGAUGGAAAGCCUUCACAAGGCUCUUCCGGCGAAUCAACAGCAACGCUCGCGGCCAAUAG